AUGUACUCGCCUACUCCUCCAGGGAGAGCGAACCUCUACCUCUGCCAUGUCCGCCGGCCAGGCCUGCGGCUUCAUCGUCGCAGAGGGGUGUCGUCUACUUCAUCCGAGUGUCGGGACCCUCCCUUGCAUACCUCAUCCCGUAUGCCUCCCUUCGCUACCGGCGACGGUGACGAGCCUACUACGGCCGUCCCUCCUAUCUUGUCAGGCCGUUUGGCUCCUGGUGCAUCCGUAUCUCCUUCUCGCAGUGCGAACGGCGAGAACCAUCGGAUGGGCUUGACCUGA